AUGGACCAAAAAGACUGUGCCGCUCUAAAUCGAGAAUCCAGAAAACAACAACAUGUCAAUGUAAACCGAUCGAAGCGCACUAAUCUACUCGACGAACUUGUCGAGAUGCAUCUAUGUACACAUCUCAAAGACCUUAAACGUUGUCUCACACGUCAACAGCGACUAUCCAUCUACAACGAGUUUGAUAUGCAGUGGGAAGAAUCUGCAAAGAUGUGCAUAGAAGCCUUUAACGAAGAACUCUAUCAACGUAAAACCAACAUUACGUUUGAGGAGUACAUCCAAGAAAACAACCACAUGUUUCAGUGCGCUCAUCCAAAAUCUACAGAUGAUCCCUUCCUAGAUAAUCUCCUAGAAGCCAACAAAAUCUCUGAAGAUAAGUUUUGCACUGCUAUACACGAGAUCAUGGACAAGAAGAUUGACCGUCUCAACACUCUUUGUAUUGAGGGACCUACUACUACAGGGAAAUCACUUGUACUCCUGCUCAUUACACAAAAUUACCACUGUGGCACCGUACAACGUUCCGGAGAUCAUUCACAAUUCUUUCUACAAAACCUUGUGGAUAAAUCUAUCGCUCUCAUGGAGGAACCGCGCAUUACUAUCAACACAGUAAACGAUUUCAAAGAGUUGCUCGGCGGGAAUCCUUUUGACAUCCAUGUGAAACACUCUCCUGAUGUAACCGUGAAACGUCUUUCAGUUUUGAUUUCAACCAAUCACAGCCUAGGAGCUUACAUUACCUCCAUCGACGCAGCGGCUAUAUAUGAGCGAUGCCAUACCUUCCAAUUCAAAUUUCGGGUUGGCACGCCGGAACUGCCAAAACCACGGAGCACCCUCUGCGCUUGUUAUUUCUCUGCCUGGUAUGGCAAGUGGUGGGAAGGGAAUCCUUGUCGAUUCGACGAAUAACGACGAGGAGACGCCAGGAGAGACUGCCCCUACUACAGCUAAACGAAUCCGACUCUUCCGACCUCGAUACAAUACCACAACCAUCACCAUCACAAGAAAGCAACACAUUACGUCAACCAGUACAAACCCGCCGAUACCUCUGACACCUUUUCCAUUACCUGCUUACCCCUCUCCGCCUUCGAAUUCUGGACUCUUCAAUCUGACCAAACCUUCGCAGAACCUUUCGCAACCAUGCGAAACGCAUUUCCUUUAUGCACUUUCAACCAUGCUACAUUACGUUUAUCACACUAUAUACCUUUACAAAAAUCUCUCCAAGACACUACUGCAACUGAUGUCAC